UUAUUUCAAUUUUCAAAACAAUUUCGUUCAUCAAAGUGGAACGUCGCUGGAAAGGAUGAUGAUAUCAAAUAUUCGUGUUACUUCUUUUCAGUUCGCUUUUCCAAUUGAUUUCUGAGCGUGAUGUAAUAAACAUUGCUUUUGUGCGAUACGAACGAUGCAGUCAAUUAUUUGACAGUAACGUAUUUAUCAUAUUUAUUCGAGAUCUCGACCAAACGCUGUGAAAAUGGCGGAUGAAGAUGAUACAAUGUUCAAUUUCACAUCUCUUCUGUUCGGUAACAUCGACGAUACCGGGCAACUGGACGACGAUAUACUGGACGAAGAUUGCAAGAAACACCUGAAUUCGUUGGGAAAAUUAGGACUGAAACCUCUACUAAAUGAAGUUUUUGAUGCGAAUGAUAUCGCCAAUAACGAUACUACUGCAGAUGAAAACUAUGAAGAAGAAACCAAAGAUCCUUUAUUUCUGCCGAAAUCACCUUCGGCCGUUGAUUACUCUGAAAUAAGCGAGUUGGCCGAUGAAGUCGCUGAAAGUGAUAGCAAAGCUGGUCUCAAGAUUAUUAUCGACUCAGAAAACAUGCCACCCCCUUUGGUACCAGUUUCAAAACCGUCUGCCCAUGGCAGCGAAGAUUCACGUAAACGUAAAUUAGAAACACCUUUGGCAGCGAUGUUACCUGAGAAAUACGCCAAUGUUGACGUACGAGAGUUUUUCCCAGAUUUUCGUGUCAGCAAAGUUUUGCGUUUUUCAAGAUUAUUUGGUCCAGGUAAAUCAUCGGUGCUGCCCAAAAUUUGGCGUAGUGUUAAAAAACGCAGAAAACGUAAUAAAUUCGAUGAUCCAACAUCGAUGGAAGAAUCAUCGAAGAAAAUUGGUUGGAGUUUGAACUACGCUACUCCGCCGACAUCUCCUUCUAGGAUUUUGUCCGAUGAUGAAGCUAAAUUCCUGAAACCGAUGGAAGACAGAGAACAGCAAAAGGAGAAAGAAAAUAACGAUAGUAUGGAUUCUGGGCCUAAAGUAGCCGAUUGGCGUUUUGGUCCUGCUCAGCUGUGGUACGAUAUGUUGGAUGUUCCUGAAACUGGCGAUGGUUUCGAUUACGGAUUUAAAACGAAAGAAAAUAAUAAUAACACUUUGAAAGAAAUCAAUGGAGUGAGUAAUCAAAGUAACGAUAUCCCCGACGAAUCGUUUCUUAUGGUGGCCCAGACAGCUUGGGAAGAAGAUAUUAUCUGGGAUGAUAGCGAAGAAACCAAACAAAAAGUAAUGCAAAAUUUGAACUGCAAAACAAAUGCUGCCGGUUGGUUACCGAGUAGCAGUAAUAGAACAGCUCAAACGUUCAGUCAACCAGGCAAAGGAAUUCUUCCUACUCUUGGUGGCUCGGUUAGGCUUGGUUCUGGUCAAAUGAACCCUCCUAACAAAUCUAAUAAUAAAAUGUCCGGUAAACAAGGUAUGGAUGAUAACUCCGACGACACUUGGUAUUCCAUAUUUCCUGUGGAGAACGAAGAACUUGUUUACGGAACGUGGGAAGAUGAAGUUAUCUGGGAUCCGGAAUGUGUUUCGCAGGUUCCCAAACCUAAAAUUUUAACGCUGGAUCCGAACGAUGAGAAUAUAAUUUUAGGCAUCCCAGACGACGUAGAUCCUCAAAAACAAAGAGCUGAUAAUGUUACUCCGGUUAAAGUGAAAAUACCUCAUCCUCAUGUAAAGAAAUCUAAACUUUUACUGGGUAAAGCUGGAGUAAUUAAUGUAUUAGAAGAAGAUACACCCCCGCCUCCUUCCAAGUCGCCGGAUCACGAUCCUUUCAACGUAUCUAACGACAGUUACUAUUUACCAAGAUCUUCGGAAACAUCGCUGAAAUUGAAAGUAGGUGGAGGAAAUCUAAUUCAGCACUCGACUCCGGUCGUCGAAUUACGAGCACCAUUCGUGCAAACUCAAAUGGGUCCUAUGCGAUUGAGGAAUUUCCACCGGCCGCAGAUAAAACGCUUUUCUAAUGGAGCUCUGGCACAUCCAGGACCUCACGGUAUCACUCCUCUGAUGAAAUACAUCAAAAAGAAAGCCAAACAAAGAGAACAAGAACGUAUAGCUUCCGGUGGAGGAGACAUGUUCUUUAUGAGAACACCCGAAGAUUUAACUGGCCGAGAUGGUGAACUGAUAUUGGUCGAGUUUUGCGAAGAACAUCCUCCCCUAAUUAAUCAAGUUGGAAUGUGUUCAAAAAUUAAAAAUUAUUAUAAACGGAAAGCGAGCAAAGACGAAGGUCCAACGCAUUUCCGAUAUGGUGAAGUCGCUUAUGCACAUACGUCUCCAUUUCUGGGAGUUUUACCUCCUGGUAAAUCGAUGCAAGUUGUCGAAAAUAACAUGUAUAGAGCACCAAUUUACGAGCAUAAAUUACAAGAGACCGAUUUCUUAGUGAUCAGAACAAGGCAUCAAUAUUUCAUUCGAGAAUUCGACGCAUUAUUUACUGUCGGUCAGUUAUGUCCGCUGUACGAAGUUCCUGGUCCAAAUUCCAAAAGAGCUAAUAAUUUUGUCAGAGAUUUUCUUCAAGUAUUCAUCUAUAGAUUAUUUUGGCGGAGUAAAGAUACGCCGAAACGAAUCAGAAUGGAUGAUAUUAAAAAAGCAUUUCCAUCUCAUUCUGAAAGUAGUAUCCGGAAAAGGUUGAAAUUGUGCGCCGAUUUCAAAAGAACUGGUAAAAAAAAUUCCCAAAAAAGGAACUAUUAUUGGUCGUUUUUGGUUUAUGAUCCUUUAUUUUUCAUGUUUUCAGGCAGUGAUUCUAAUUGGUGGGUAAUAAAGCCAGAUUUUAGAUUACCUCCUGAAGAAGAAAUAAGAGCUAUGGUUUCUCCGGAACAAUGCUGCGCUUAUUUCAGUAUGAUUGCUGCAGAACAAAGAUUAAAAGAUGCCGGCUAUGGGGAAAAAUUCUUUUUCGCUCCCGAUGACGACGACGAAGACUUGCAGCUGAAAAUGGACGAUGAAAUCAAAGUGGCUCCGUGGAAUACUACUAGAGCUUAUAUUCAGGCCAUGAAAGGUAAAUGUCUGCUUCAACUUACCGGCCCUGCAGAUCCGACUGGUUGCGGCGAAGGAUUCUCUUACGUACGAAUGCCUAAUAAACCAAUGACCAGACAAAGUAAAGAAGAACAAGAAACGCAGCCUAAAAGGAUGGUUACUGGUACGGAUGCUGAUUUGAGAAGAUUAUCUCUAAAUAAUGCCAAAGCUUUAUUGAGAAAAUUCGGAGUUCCUGAAGAAGAGAUCAAAAAAUUGAGUCGAUGGGAAGUUAUCGAUGUUGUUCGUACGUUAUCAACAGAAAAAGCCAAAGCUGGCGAAGAAGGAAUGACUAAAUUUUCUCGUGGUAACCGAUUUUCUAUCGCUGAACAUCAAGAGAGGUAUAAAGAAGAAUGUCAACGUAUUUUCGAUCUUCAAAAUAGAGUGCUUUCAUCAUGCGAAGUACUUUCAACAGACGAAGGGGAAAGUUCCGAUGAAGAAGAUGGCUCUGAUAUCGAAGAAAUGGGUAAAAAUAUUGAAAAUAUGUUGGCCAAUAAGAAGACCAGCAUGCAGUUGACGUUAGAACGAGAAGAACAAGAAAGACAAGAAUUACGUAAAAUGUUGUACGGCAGUGAUGACAAAAAAUCCAGCAAAGAUAAAAAGAAAGAAGAGGAAGAUUUUGUUAAUAAUUAUUCUAAUAAUCAAACUGGACGUGUGCUGAAAAUCUACCGCACCUUUAGAGACGCCGAAGGUAAAGAGUACACAAGGAUGGAAGUGGUUCGCAAGCAAGCAGUAAUAGAUGCCUAUGUGAAGAUCCGAACCACUAAAGAUGAAGGAUUCAUUAAACAGUUCGCCGUUCUCGAUGACGCUCAGAAAGAAGAAAUGAAACGUGAAAAGAGAAGGAUUCAAGAACAGCUACGGCGUAUUAAACGUAACCAAGAAAAAGAAAAAUCAGGUUUGGGAGGUAUGCAUAAUACUUCACCAUUACGUAAAAUCCCAACCGGCUUGCAGACCGUUAAACGUCUGCACGAUUCGUCUAAACAUUCGCAUCAAAUGCACGACGAAGUAGCUGCCAGUGCUGUGCCUAUUCAGAGACGCCGUCCCACCAAAAUUAAGCCUGAUUUGAAAGUGAAAUGUGGAGCUUGCGGUGCUACCGGUCAUAUGAGAACCAAUCGAGCAUGCCCUCAAUACCAAUUAAACGCACCUCCGCCUCCGGUCAACGUAGCUCUAACGCAAGAACAAGAGAACGAAAUACAGAAACAAAUGAACAACGAAGUCGAAGACUUGGUCAACGUUGACGGAACCAAACUCACCAUCAGCGGUAAAUUAAUCAAGCAUCACGAAGACAUUAAACGAAGAUCUCUACUCUUGAAAGUACCCAAAGACGCAUUGACCCGAAAACGUCGCAAAAAUACCAACGAGCUACACUGCGACUAUUUGAAAAAACACCAGAAACCUGCUAAUCGUCGUCGAACCGAUCCACUCGUCGUACUUUCUACGUAUUUCGAAGCUAUUCUAAACGAAAUUCGAAAUCUACCCGAUGUUCAACCUUUUCUGUUCCCUGUUAAUGUUAAAAAUGUACCGGAUUACCAUAAUAUAGUCGAUAGACCGAUGGAUUUGCAAACGAUGAGAGAAAAUAUUAGACAGAAGAGAUACGCGACCAGAGAAGAUUUUAUAUCAGAUUUAAAUCAAAUCGUGCAGAAUUCUACGUUGUAUAAUGGUGCUAUGAGUUCUUUGACGUUAGCUGCUAAACGUAUGUUAGACGUAUGUGUCGAGCGACUAAAGGAGAAAGAAGAUAAAAUGAUGAAACUGGAGAAAGAAAUCAAUCCUCUGCUGAAUGACGAUCAUCAAGUACGCUUAUCGUUCAUUCUUGAGACCAUCCUCAAUAAGUUGAAGAAAAUGUCCGAAUCUUGGCCUUUCAUUAAACCAGUAGAUAAGAAACAAGUUGUAGAUUAUUACGAUAUUGUUAAACGCCCGAUGGAUUUGGAAACGAUUAGUAAAAAAGUCAAAGCUCACAAAUAUCACUCGAGAUACGAAUUUUUAGCCGAUAUCGAGCUUAUAUUUAAUAAUUGUUUCGUGUAUAAUGGUCGUGAUUCGUCAUUCACGGAACGAGCUGAAGUUGUUUGGAAAGCAGCUCAAACAUCUUUGGAAGAGUACGAUGCUCAAGCACAUUUGACUACUCUCGAACAACAAAUUAAGAAAGUACAAGAGAAGGCUGAAAUCGAUUCGUUGUCAUCUUCGUGGUAUGCUGGAGACGAGGAUCAAACGCAAGAGAGUUUGAGCAGUUCGCCGACCUAUGUAGGAAUGAAGACAGAAUUAAUGGAUUCUUCGGAAAUGGAAAUCGAUUCGAAAGAAUUCGUCAAAGCUGAAACCAAACAAAUAUUAGCCGAAGACUUGCACUGUUCGAGUGAAGACGAUGAAGCUGACGAUGACAUGAUGGAAGAAGUGAAAGGCGAAUAUGACGACUUAACAGCCAUCGAUUACAAUCAGACACAAGUGGCCGCCGCUGAGGCCAUGAUGCAGCUUGGUAAUUUCGCAUUUUAUUCUGACGGACAGAAGAAUUCAGAGUAUCCAGAUUCGUUAACAGCUACUGAAACGUAUAGCGGUGAUGUCGUCGAUACUAGAAUCACUGAAAAUAAAACGUUUGACGAUGAUUUCCUCAUGUGUAAAGAGGAGAUGCAAGAUAAACGUCAGUAUCAAGAAUUAAUGUCCGGUGUACCGGAAGAAUCCGGCGGCGUACACGAUGAUCUCGAAAUUAGUGACUCGGACGAUGAGAUGAAGGAGAAAAAUAUCGAUAUACCCGAUAAAAUUGUACAAUCGAAUGUCGAUAACGAAGAUGACGAUCCAGAUGGAUUAUGGUUUUGAAUUUCAGUAAAUUUUAGCAUCUCGCGCCCUUUUUCAAUUGGUUUCUGGGUUUACGAUCGCUGGUCGAAUAUGGAAUGUUUUUCUAAUAACAUCUGGUGGACCCGAAUCGUAAACACAGAACAGAAAGGCAUUCUAGUAUCAUAUCACGAUUAUGUAUACUGGUUGCCUGAUUAAUUUAUGCUCCAAUAAUUUAUCUGUGUAGUGAGAAUUGUAGUCAAAAUGGAUAAAAAUGAAAAAUUUGAAUUGCCAGAUCACUCUGGCACCAUAAUUGGAGAGUGUUUUCAGUGUAUUUGUGAU